UUAGUACAUGUAUUUCUUUAGUCAUCGAACUCAAGAGGUCUACGUUAAUACAAUGAUACUAUUUCUAAUAAGCUACAUCACAUGCAGUACUAAAAAUCAUAAAAUAAACAUUUACACACUUAUGAAAUGUAAAUGAAGGCUACGUUAGUUUACACAAAACGGUCGUAUUAUGUUUAAAAUACAGCAAAAUAUAUCUAAUAAAACAAACGUUGGGAACAAACCAUAAACAUUUAAUUGUUUAUAUCAGUAUUCGUUAUCAGGAAGUGCUUUAUUGCUCUUAUUUUUGUCUGUCUACCCGGCAAGAGAUCUGGCUCGAAGAUAUAGAGAUAGAAUCAGUAUUAGGUUAGUACUCAUUCGGUUAAUACAACCUGCUAAUUAUUUUGAAUUGCCACUUAAAAUUUAAACGCUUAAGACAUCACACAAUGACUUUGGGUACAAAAAAAAUAAAUUUUAUAAUAAAGUAGUGGUUAUAUUUUAAAGAAUCUCAUUUCGUUCAUGAAAUAGUGAAUAUUUAGUGUUUAUAUCUUCUUGCUGUGUCAAAAGUUCCUUAUAAGACUGAAAAAAUGCCAGUUGACUUCAAGAGAUCCAAUAAAAAGAGUGGAAAAGUGUACGAAUUAUGGGAGAUAUUGGAGAAAUUUGGCAGUUACCAAUUACUGCAAUACUUAUAUAUAUGUCUCCCCACUGUGUUUAUAACUAUGGGGCACAUCAACUAUGUUUUUGUGGUUCAAGACGUUGGAUACCGUUGCCGCAUUCCUGAAUGCGAUAACCUCAAUCCUACCUUCCAAGUAGAAUGGUGGCCAAACAAUACUUUAAACAGGUGCUCGAAGCCUAUUUUGAAGACUACUAUCGUCUCGGACUUCGGUAACUGCUCUGCUGAAAAUUUUAGUGAAGAAACAGGGCCGUGUGAUAGCUGGAUAUAUGAGAGCAAUAAUAGUGUGGUGACUGAGUUGAAUCUAGCAUGCAAGUCGUGGCAUAUCAACUCGGUGGGCACGAUUCACAAUUUAGGAAUGCUAUUAGCCAUGCUUGUUACAGGCUGGAUAGCAGAUCGAUUCGGUAGAAAACAUGCGCUGGUUUUCUCAAUGCUGAUUAGUUCGGUGGGCUUGUUUAAAAUAUUUGCUACAUCAUACUAUUUAUACGUUUCAAUAGAGUUUCUGGAGGCGUUACUUGGCGGAGGAAGUUACUCAAUUGCUAUGGUCCUAAUGAUUGAGAUUACGGGACGAAAACAACGUAUACUCUCAGGCGUAUUAUUCGCGUACGCAAUUUACAUGGGCGAGUCAUUAUUUGCCGUUAUAGCCAUGUUCGUGCAUAACUGGAAGAAACUCGUUUUAAUAACCUAUGUUCCUCCAAUCUUCUGUAUUCUCCUAACAUUCUUGCUACACGAGAGUCCACGGUGGCUUAUAUUAAAUGGCAAAACAAAACAAGCGAUAACGAACCUUACUGAAAUAGCAAAUAAAAAUAAGAUGAAAGUGAACAUGCAAGAUUUUUCUGAUAUAGAUGCUAAUAAACUAAAAGAGAAGUUCAAUAUUGAAAAUUAUGAGACCAAAGAAGGUCUUAAAGCAGUUUUCACCUCGAUAGAGAUGAUGAAAAGACUAAUGGUCGCUUCGUUCUGUCGAUUCACGUCCAAUUUCGUGUACUACGGUAUCAUGAUAAACUCCGUAUGGCUACCGGGCGAUAAAUAUGUGAAUUUCCUAUUAUCAACGGUGAUGUCGUUUCCUGGAGAAUUAAUAUCGUUGUAUUUAAUGAACAAAAUCGGUAGAAAAUUGCCUCUCAUUGUAGGAUUCAUAUUCUGCGGUGGACUUUGUAUAUUGUCGGCAUUCGUGCCUGCAACACUCGGCUGGGCCAAGAUAUUGCUGUUUCUGUCAGGGAAGGUGGUGAUGUCGGCGUGCUUCACCGGCGCCAUCACCUACUGCAUGGAGUUGUUCCCGACAAGCGCCCGCGGUUCCCUAUUGGGAUUAUGCGCGUUCGCAGCGCGACUUGGGGGCAUGCUCGCCCCUCUCACUCCCGUUCUGAAUGACAUAUCGGAGAUCCUACCAGCAUUGUGCUUCGGUGCAUCAUCGGUCAUAACGGGAUUUUCUAUCAUUCUGACGCCAGAGACAAAGCAUUUACCUCUUAUGGACACCAUAGAACAGGUGGAGACCAGCGUUAGGAAGACAAGAGAGAAAUGUGAAAUAGACAACUCGGGUUUCGUAAAUGAUGAGAAAACAUUUACCAAGCUAUAAUUUGUGUUGAGUUUAAGGUCUUAAUAUUACCCGAAAUUUAAUUU